GAAACAACUGUAACUACGACAACGUCGCCAGAAACUACAACUACACCAAGAACUACUACCACAACACCUACGCCAGAAACUACAACGGAAAGCACAACUCCGCCAACAACUACAACUACAGUAAUUCCUACCACAACUGAAGAAACGAUUGUAACCACGACAACAUCGCCAGAAACAACUACAACAACGACAAUUACAACAACACCUGUGACAGAAACUACAACAGAAAGUCCAACUGUUCCACUUACUACAACUACUAAAAUUCCUACCACAACUGAAGAAACAACAGUAACUACGACAACGUCUCCAGAAACAACAACUACACCAACAACUAUUACUACAACUACAGCAAAAAUUACUACUACAACAUCUACGCCAGAAACUACAACGGAAAGUACAACUAUGCCACCCACUACAACUAGUAUAGCUCCUACUACAACUACAGAAACAAUUAUAACCACGCCAACGACACCAGAAACCACAACUACAUUAACAAUCACUACCACUACACCUCUACCAGAAACUACAAUAAAAAGUCCAACUCCGCCAACCACUACAACGACCGUAGUUCCUACCACAACUGAAGAAACAACUGUAACUACGACAACGUCGCCAGAAACUACAACU